AUGUCGUCUCAUCUUGCAUCUUGCAAAAAAUCAGUGAUUGCAAAACUGGGUGGAGGAGGAGGAACAAGAUCUUACUCGAUCAAUUCCACGGACAUUGAGUGGCAAGCCGGUAUGAAAUGGUUGUUGAACACUGCGAGUAACAAGUUUUUGCUUCGCAAAGCAGCCACCAGUGCAUUAGUUUCUGCCCCUGUUUGUGUUUGCUUUUCCCGUGGUCUAUUCUUACCAGGAUUCACUCGCAAGUCAUCGCCAAGUGUAAAAGGAAAAGUUAAACUACAAAACCCACCACGAUUCGACAAGACUGGAGACACUCGGCAUGGAGGUAAACCCACGCGUAGGCGACGACAAAAGAACCCCUUGUAUUGUACGGAUUUCAACACAAAAAUGAAGAAGCCAGACCUCAGCGGCCUCAGAAGUUUGUCACAAGAAAUGGCGUUGCAAAUUCACAAUCCUCAACUGGGCUCGGGGGAGAUUCCCGCUGAAACAGUGUACGAUGCGAUAAAGGAGGAAGAGCCAAGAUUGGAAGCUUUAGCCUCUCUGGAUUUGGACCUAGCGCCCUUGCCAGCGGAGAUUCAAGAGAAAUUGGGGUUGUUACUGGAUUAUCUGCUUCUUGAAUACAACAAAGAGCGCAACUGGAGCUUUAUCAUCGACCAGCUACGUUUUAGUGGGGGCUUGGAAGGAGUUACACCCGAGUCUGUUUAUCGCUUGGCAAAAAUGAUUCCACCUCGCGAGCGCAGGACACAAUAUCCAGUUUUGGAGCGAAUGUGCAAAGAUGCAGCUAUACCAGUACUGCGCAAGUUGGAAAUGCUUUUCUUCAAGUCCUUUGCAAGCGGAAGAGCUCUACUGGAUGCGCAGGUGAGCAACUUGGAGCGGUACUUUGAAAUGAUUGCCGGGGAGAAUCGGUUGAAAGCAGAUCAUUACGAAACCAUGGUGCUAGCUUAUGUAAAGACAGGGAACAUGGCGAAAGUUGAGCAGUUGUUGAAGGAUAUGAAGACCAAAGGUUUGGAGAUUGGGAAACCAGUGUUUAACGCAAUUCUUCGCGGAUACACUUAUUACGCAAAAGAUUUCGACAAGGCGUUGCAAACUUUCGACGCCAUGAAGUUCUUGUCCGACAAGACGGAGCCGGAUGCUCUGAAUUACGGAGAUAUGAUUAACGCCUGUGUCUUGAACAAUAAGACCGAAAAGGCGUUGGACCUCUACCAGGAGAUGUUGCAAAACCACGUGGAUGUCGAUCAGAAAGUUUUGUCGUCCCUCGCCGUGGGGUGCUCAAAGAAAAAGAGUCUCAGAGCAAAGUCCUGGGAGUUGGUGUUUAAAAUCUACGACUUGGGCUGGUCGCCAAGCUUGGCCACUUACGAAGCCAUGAUCUACAUAUGUUCCCAAGACGGAGACGUUGACCUUGCAAGAGCCAUCUUCUACAAGAUGCUCCAGAGCGGAUCAGUGACUUCGAAAGCCGUUGCGUUUUUGAUGCUAUCGUACUCGAGAUUCAGCCCACUGGAGCUGACCAAUCGGUUCAAAACUAUUACGAUAACUGACCGCGGUAGACUUUUCCGACAAAGCGUUUUGGAUAGUGUCGAUUUCGAAACAAACCCCAUUGCCGAGUUUCCGUUUCUCCCCAGCAAAACACUACCUGAGGGCAAUGCGAUUUUGGCAGAGUGCUUGGCAGUUUGGUCUUAUGUGCUGGAGAACAAGCCCGAUUUUGUGACUUUCCCAUUUAUAUCUUCACUUUUGACCACCACGAUCAACUUGGGAACCUUGUCCGAGUUCGAGUCGUUGUUUGAUAAAUGUUCAUACGCCAACGUUGGAAAAACCCGGUUACAAAGUCUAGAUGGAGAAGAAGCUUCCGAUUCAUCUCAAGCGCAGUUGGACAAUUUCGACAAUUCAUCUGCCGCAAAUCAAAGCCGGGACUCGGCCAAGCUUCCAAGGGAGACUGCACUCUAUAGUCUAGCGCUCAAGGCGGCAGCUAAGUUCCAAAGUUUUCCCCUUGCCGAAAAAGUGGUUGCAGAGAGGGGUUUAUACAGGAAAUCUCCGUCCUACGCGGCUCUCCCUAUAAGAAAACAGGUGGAUUUGGACUUCAAUUUUGCAAAGUCCCUAGUGCAUUGCUAUGCGGAUUUGGGUCUAUUCAGCGAUGCCCUCGCUGUCGCUAUUCUGUCUCAGGAAAGUUUCCAAUGGGGAUGGAAAGAACUCGGGUUUUUGGUGUAUGCAGCUGAUAAUAUAGGCGACCGCACAACGGCAGAAAGAGUGAGAGAAUUCAUUUCUCAAAUGCGUAUGGAAAGGAGUUGA